UCCAAGUGUCCUUCCUAAUAAACCCAUAAACAAACAAACAAAGAAAAUUGGAUGGGGGAGCGUUGUGGUUUAUGGUAGGUUCUUCAAUGGCAAUCCGCCAUUUUCAUGCUUUGAUUCCUCUGUGUCGACAUUAAUGACCUUUCUCUCUAUAACUCGCAUUUAAUGCUGCAAUUCAGCGACCUACCCACCCACUUCCGAUAAUAUCCAUCACCACCACCACGUCCACCCUGUCUCCUCCCUCCAAAUGGACAUCACCACCACCACCACCACCCACCACUAUUACUUCAAUGUCCACCAUAUCUCCUCCUCCACCCCCCAUCACUAGCCCUACCCAUUACUACCUAACUAACAUCGGCCUCGGUUACGCCAUCGCCAUCGCACUUGGGUUUCUCGUCCUCUUCGCCACCCUCCUCCUCGCUUCAUACAUCUGCUUCCGCCACCGUUACAGGUACCAGUACCAGCAUCGCCACCAAAACCAAAACCCUAGCGAUAACGGCGUAAUUCUACCGAGUAUAAUCUUCGUAGAUGAAAACAACAACGACAACGACGAUGAAGAGCAGAACGCCGUCGUAGGACUUGAUCAAGCAGUGAUCAACUCAUACCCUAAGUUUCCGUUCUCGAAGGGAAUUGAUUCUUUAUGCGCAAUCUGUUUGUGUGAAUAUAGGGAGGGGGAGAUGUUGAGGAUGUUACCUGAUUGUAAGCAUUGUUUUCAUUUGACUUGUGUUGAUGCUUGGUUGAAGCUUAACGCUACUUGCCCUGUUUGCCGGAGUUCUCCUCUUCCUACGCCGUUGUCAACUCCGUUGGCAGAGGUUGUUCCUCUCUCACAGUAUUCCGACGGACGUCGCCGGAGGUAAUUUAACGGAAGCGUUACCAGAUCUCUCGCAUUCUAUUCCGAGUGUUCGCUGAUUGUUUAGUAAUAUUACGAUGAACUGAUGAUUCUCCUGUCAUUUUCUCUAGAAAUUAGGGUUUUGAUUAGUGAAUUUAGAUGAUUUUAAGAGGUUCA